AUGAGUUCCUCAGGUUUCACCAUCCCUCGCAUUAUUGCGGACCUCGCCCAUUUCGGCUCCAAGUGUGUUCUGAUAUGGUCCAUUCAUCGAAAUCGGAGCGCUGAAGGAGUUUCGCUUCUUACCCAGAUGCUAUAUGCUUUAGUGUUUGUCACGCGCUAUCUUAACUUACUUCGACCCGGCGGGUGGAAAGACCCGUAUCUCUUGAUUUUCAAAUUCUUUUAUAUUUUUUCCUCAUUUUAUAUCAUAUUCCUGAUGAUGAAAGUUUUCCCUCGAACCCGUGAAAGGGAGAGGGCCUGGAAAAUGGCACUGGGCUCCGUUGCUGUUUCAUUAGUCCUGGCUCCCAUCGUGAUCCCAGUACUCGGUGAAGGAUAUGAUCAUCGCUGGUUUGAAGAUACUAUGUGGUCGUUUUCGAUUAUCCUCGAAUCUGUCUGUGUUCUACCGCAGUUGUUGCUCCUGCGGCAAACUACCGUUCCUACGGUUAUCGAUUCGUACUAUCUUCUAAUGUUGGGAUCUUAUCGAGGACUUUACAUUAUAAAUUGGAUCGUCCGGGCCGUUCGUCCCGAGCACUAUGUGGAUUGGAUAUCUAUCGUGUUCGGUGUCAUCCAAACAGCGUUUUACAUUGAUUUCGCAUGGGUUUACUACUCACGCCAGCGCGUGAAACUCCGUAAUGGAGGAGUGGUGGAUUCUGAGGAUUUCCGUAAUAGCUGGCUCGUGAACAAGGUAUUCAAUGUCCGGCGGCGGCAGAGCGAAGACGAUGAAGAGCAAAGACUUCACGAGGCAGAUCAAGGCGAGGAGCACGGGGGUAGUGAGCACCAACCGAGGAAUAACCGCUGGGGUGCGAGAGGGAUCUCUGUUUCGGCCGACGACACAUUAGAGAACCAACAUAGUUCCGGAAAUCAGACAACAGACGACGACACAGUCGGGUUUUCGGAAGAUGACCGGCAUUAA